CCAAAAAGAGAAAGGAAUCACCUGAAACUUGCCAGUUCCCGCAUUAUUAUAAACUGUCACAAACUUAACUGCAACCCGGCAACCCCCCUAUCCCCCACUCUCUUCUCUCUACACACAUACACACAAUCAGUCUCUACGUCUUCUUCUUCUUCUUCUUCUUCUUCUCUUCAAUGGCGAUUACUAUACGAUCCGCCUUCUUCCUCCUCCUCCUCUCUGCUUUCCUUUCAGGAUAUGAGGUUUUCGCGGCGGUUUUCACGUUACAAAACAGCUGCACCUACACAAUCUGGCCGGGAACACUCUCCGGUAACAACGGCAUCGUAUUAGGAAACGGCGGAUUCUCCUUGCCACCUGGCGGAUCCGUACAGUUUUCGGCUCCGCCAGGCUGGUCUGGCCGGUUCUGGACACGAACCGGCUGCACAUUCGACGAAUCCGGCCACGGAAACUGCGUCACCGGUGACUGCGGCAACACUCUAACAUGCACCGGCGGCGGAACACCGCCAGUGUCACUAGCGGAAUUCACACUCGGUGUCACCAACAGUGAUAAGGACUUCUAUGACGUCAGCCUCGUCGACGGUUACAACGUCGGCAUCGGCAUAAAACCGACACGCGACGGUUCCAGCGAGUGCCAGUACGCCGGCUGUGUGGCGGAUCUAAAUGUGAACUGUCCGGAGCAGUUGAGAGUGGUGGACGGUGGUGGAGUGGUGGUGGCGUGUAAAAGCGCGUGUGAAGCAUUUAACACGCCGGAGUUUUGUUGCACCGGUGAACAUGCAACGCCGGCGACGUGUGGGCCGACAGAGUUUUCGGCGAGGUUUAAAGCGGCGUGCCCGAGCGCGUAUAGUUACGCGUAUGAUGAUGCGUCGAGUACGUUCACGUGUUCCGGGUCGGAUUAUUUGAUUACUUUUUGUCCAACAAGUGGGUUAUGAGAGUAGUUCACGAUGAUAUUUCAGUGUUCUUAUGGUAAUUUAAAUUUGAGAGAUUUUAUUAUUAUUUUUAUUAUUAUUGAGAUUGAUGAGUAGUUACUGAGAGUUGGAUUGGAGAUUGUGUUUUGGUUAGUUAAAUCAGUUUUUUGGAAAACAAUGGUACCUUCAAUUUAGUUUAAUUAAUAAAAUAGUUUAUUAG